CGCGGGCGCCCGCCGACAGAGCGCAACCGAGGGCGGGCAGCGUCGCGCGGAACCGGCGGAACGCGGUCGGAACGCCGCAGUCACCCUGCGGCUCCCGCGCUUGCCGCACUACUCUUUGUCGUUUGUUCCGGUCUUCAACAGUCAUGCCUACUGACGAUUCUGAGCGCGGAUUGGCCGCAUGGUUGCGACGCUGGUGGCGACCGCUGGUAGCAGAGGUGGUAGCGACAGCGCUGCUCGUACUGCUCGGUGUCGCAGCUUUACUUCCCGUGGACGGCAAGCAUCCCCCACUCACGCACCCGGCGUUCGCCUUUGGCCUCGUCGUGCUAGCAAAUGUGGAGGCAUUCGGACCUACUUCUGGCGCGCACAUGAACCCCUCUGUGACGCUGGCCGCUCUACUCGACGGACGAAUAGGGCCGGUCGCGGCAGCCGCAUACGUCGUUGCCCAAAUCUUCGGUGCUACGCUCGGAUUCGGUGCUCUCAUGGCACUGGCUCCGGAUGCCUUCAAUUCUGGACUUCACGUGGGCGGUAACGCUCCGGGUAGUGUAGGUGUCGUCGCCGCCGCUGGUGUCGAGGCGCUGCUGACGGGUGUUCUUGCCCUAUUGUGUUGUGCCAUUUGGCGCGCCCACGAUGAAGGCAAGCAAGACCCCACCGUCUCUAUCAAGUUCGGCCUCACAAUAGCUGGACUCGUCUAUGCGGGAGGAGUGAUGUCGAGCGCGAGUCUCAACCCGGCACGUAGCUUUGGGCCCGCGCUGUUGCUGGGCUUCCGUUCCGAUCACUGGGUGUACUGGGUGGGCCCACUGGGCGGCUCGGCUCUGGGGACGCUCCUGCAUCGCUACGUGCUGCGGCCGAGCCGCGCCGCGCCGCCGCGCGCGGAGGACCUGCCGCUCCACGACAAGGCCGACCGUUAGCCGACACUUACAGGGCCCGCGCCAGGCGGGCAGCAGUGUGCAUUACUGCAAGUGAUCGGGCUGUCGUAGAAAUGACUAUGAUAUUGACGAGACUCUUUAACUGCAUACUAAUUUUACCGAAGUGAAUAAACUAUUCGUUAUACUCUUUCGAUUUUGAAGCGCACUGGAACAA